AUGGACCCGCUGGUCGAUGACGAUGACACUCCAAUGCCUGAGAGCCAUCUAACUCGAUCCAGCCCUUCCUCAUCAAUAACUUUCCUUAUAAGUAUUACAUCAGCGAGCCAAGAAAACACCUCUCUCACGCUCGCGGGCCCGAUGGCCCUCACUGAAGCAGCAUCAGUAAUGAUGUUUCAAGCGCGUUUGCUUCAAACAAUUGAGCUUGCAUCCGUUCCUCAAAUGAAACAGCUUCUUAUGAGCGCAACAAACGCCGCUCUUGAAGCCAGCGCCAUGAUUGCUACUUUCCCACUCGAAAUGCAAGCCACUUUAGUCAAUGAAGAUGCUGUGGCUGGAGAAGACAAUGCUUCAACAAUUGUCACUGCAACUCCAAAACAAGUCGGCAUCCUCACACAUUACAAUCAGGAGCUCCACAAUCUACUACAAACCUUCCAGCAUGACGUCGCAACAAUUCGAGAUCAGCGCAAUGCACUGCAAGAUACAGUAAACCAACUUAUCGAACACCGUUUCAAGCUAAUUGAAGACAUCGCCAACCAACGCAUCCAGUUCAAUACACAACUCGACAGUAAAACCGCUGAGGCAACUGCAGCAAAUACAGCAUUGUUUGAACGCACACGAUCAAUACACGAACAAAUUGAGAGAGCCGAGCAACAUAUUAAAACGACACUUUACAACUGCCGCGUAGAGCACCAAGUAGUCGCGGAACGAUUACAUCAAAUAAUUACUCGUCUCUCACAGCGCAACGAACGUCCUCAAUCCGAGCAUGUCAAGAACAUGGUAGCUUUAAUUGAGCAACAACUAUCAGUCAAUCUGCUCAGUAUUCGUUGGCCUGCACACUUCAAGCCGAGCACGAAGUUCGAGACCAGCUUACAAAAUUAA